AUGUUUGGAUUAUUUCACUAUCCUCCUAAAGAUUUUCUUCCUGGAUUCACAUCACCACCUGCGGAUCACUUUUAUCGCGCUUACUACUUGGCUGUGUACAAGAAUUGGCUAUAUACACAGUGCAAGGAUGGCAAUCAGGUCCAGCGCAGAUACGUAGAUCUUUGGCGACGAUUUUCAAAUAAGUACAAAGAUGAAUGCCACUUCGGUUUCACAUUCAUGUCGACGUGA